GAUUGCUGCCAGCAGCACGUGCAGUUCUUGAUCGUUUUCUCCUUAAAAAUUAAAUUGAAAUAGUUCAGCGCCCCCAUAUGGAGAAGGCCGACAAGAAGGAGCUUCGCCGCCAGUUCCUGGAGGAGGAGCAGCUCAAGAAGCUGGACGCUGGCGUGGCGGCGCGAAAGUGCUGCGGCGAUGCGCUGCGCGAGUUCGACGAGCAAUCCCACGAAGCCUGGCUGCUGCAGUGUCCCAAGGGCACGGAUCCCCGCCAGCUGGCCGGCAAGCGCAUCAAGCUGCCCGGCAAGAAGCGCGUGGGCGACCUCCGGGUGCGGGCGGUCAGCUACUCGGCGCCGCAGAGCGAAACCCUGGGCUAUGUGAGCGGCAAGGGGAAGUAUUCGCUCCGGAAACUGCCCCUCGCUGGCUACGUGGUGGUCAGCAAGCGGCGGAAUGCCAAGCAAACGGACGAGGGUCAGGAGGAGCAGGUCUAUCCCGCCACUGCAGUGCCGCCAAAGUUCGUCUUCCGUGAGCGGCACCCUUUGUUCGGGCGCGACUACAAGCAGCGCAUCGAAUUGCCCAAGGAGAUUGCCAAAUCCUUGAGCCAGGCGGACAAGAAGAACCUGGAGACCAAGGCCCGGCUGUCGCGCACUGAUAACUACUACAAGAUCCGCAGCACGCUGAUGACCACCACCCAGACGCUGGCGCAAAAGGAGCACGAUGUGCGGCAGUCGGUGCUCACCGGAUUCGCACCGAAAUUCAUGAACUCCAAGCCCACCUAUGAAGCCUACCAGGAGCAGUCAGACGCUGAGGAUGUCAAAGAUUCCAUUGUACUGGAUUCGGCGGAGGAAGCGGGCCCCACCAAGAAGCACAAGAAGUCAAAAACCAACGGGCAUAAGCUGGUGGAGAUCAAGGAGGAGGAGGAGGAGGAGUCCAUUGCCCCCAAGAAGCGAAAGAAGCAUAAAUCAAAUGGGGAAAUCCCCGACGAUGUGGUGGAAGUAGUCGAGGAGGAGGAGGUCACCGAGCGGAAGAAGCAAAAGAAGCGUAAAUCAAAUGGCCAAGUCCUUGGCAACGAAACCACAGAGGAAGUCAUUGCGCCAAAGAAGCACAAGAAGAGUAAAUUAAUCCCUGUGAAUGGAAACAAUCUGGAGGAAGACAAGGACCUGGUCACCAUUGUCAUCGAGGACAACGAUGUGGAGGGCCCGCCGCGAAAACGCAAGAAGCUGAAAGCCGUAGAGUGAUUCAGCUGCUCGAUAUUAGCUAGGUUUUACUUAGAUUAGAACAAAUUUUAAUUUUUUAUUUAAAUAAUAAUCUGUAAAUAUCAA